GUGUGGAGCAACUAAAACGUCAUUUAAGCGCCAACAAGAGUGUUAGAGACUCUCACCAGGAUGACUUUUUGUUAUACUGUCGAGCUGAUUAGGAUUUUAGCUUGUUGAGCAACGCUGUAACCUGAUUUUUAAACUAUUUCUCCGGUGCUAUUGAUCAUGCAUUCUAAUCUUAAAAGAUUGUCAGCAAGUAAGGUUUGUGUGAAGUCCAGCACACAGACGACUAUCAGCAGGUUCUUCAACAAUGCAGGAAAUAAAGGCGUAGAAGUCGAUGAGCCAAGGAUUACCUGUGCUGAUCCUAGCCAGGAAAAAAGAGGCAAGAAAAGGCUGUCCUUACCUGAUAGAAGUGGCUCUUUGGAGAAACGGCUAAAGGUUUCUCACGAUGGAAAAGACUUUGAGAAGGAGGAGAAGCCGCCAAGCAAGACGAACUCUAAUAGCAUUAAAGUAGAUGAAAAGGGUUUUGCUUCUAAGGCAAGUCUUUCCUGUUCUACACUGGAGAAACUUCGAGGUUUUAGCUGCCAUGCAGGCAACGAGAGCAGAGCUGCAUGUCAGAGUGAGAAGAUGGAGUGCUCAGGAACAGGACAAAUACAAAGCACAAUGAGUGAACAUGUCAAGGUGGAGGAGGAUGCUGAAGAAGAGCUGGUUCAGAGCAAACAGGUGCUUGACUUCAGUCCGUUUACCAAGACUGGAGAUGUUUCUGCAUCUAAGAGGACUCCUCCAGAACCGGCAGGACCUAAUAGGAGGACCAAGAGCAUCUACACUCCUCUUGAGCAGCAGUACAUGGAGAUUAAGGAGCAACACAAGGACACAAUACUUUGUGUGGAGUGUGGUUACAAGUACAGGUUCUUUGGAGAAGAUGCAGAGAUUGCAGCGAAGGAGUUAAACAUCUUUUGCCAUUUGGAUCAUAACUUCAUGACCGCCAGCAUCCCUGCUCAUCGCCUUUUUGUGCAUGUUCGCCGCCUCGUUUCUCAGGGCUACAAAGUCGGAGUUGUAAAACAGACAGAAACAACAGCAAUCAAAGCCUCCAGUGCCAACAAGAGCUCUCUGUUCACCCGGCAGCUAAGCGCACUUUACACCAAAUCUACACUGGUUGGGGAAGAUGUGAACCCGUUGUUGAAGCUAGGGGACUUGGAGCAAGCUGAAGAUGUAGUGCCAGACACAGCCAGCAGCUACCUCAUGUGUGUGAGUGAGAGCUGGGAGAAACACAGUAAGGAGCUUACUGUGGGCUUGGUGGUGGUGCAGCCCAGUAUUGGUGACGUGAUGGUUGACUGUUUUAAAGAUAACGCAUCUCGCUCAGAACUGGAGGCCAGAGUUCUCAGGAUCCAACCUGUAGAGAUCCUGGUGCCUUCGAAUUUGUCCGAAACCACAGAGCGCCUCCUGCGCACUAUUGCUCUGGCCAGUACCCAUGCAGAUGAUCGCAUUCGUAUUGAGAAGCGAGACAGCUCCCAGUUUGAAUACCUCAUUGCCAUGGUGACCAUCAACAACUUGUAUAGCAGUGUGACGCCUCAGACAGCGGAAGAUCAGGAAAAGGGUUCGUCUCCAUUCUAUCUAGGUUUAGAGAGCCAAAUCGUCUGCUGUUUGGGGCCAGUGAUCCAGUAUCUGACUGAAUUCAAGCUGGAGAGGGUUCUGCUAUGUUCAAGUUCAUUUAAGAGGUUGUCGAGCAAUGCGGACCACAUGCUGUUGAGUGCCACUACCCUGAAGAACCUGGAGAUCUUUUGCAACCAGACCACAGGCACAGUGAAGGGAAGUCUGCUCUGGGUUCUCGAUCAUACACGUACUCCAUUUGGGAAAAGGCUGCUAAAGAAAUGGCUCAGCCAACCUCUAAAGUCUACAUCAGAGAUCCUUUCACGCCAGGAUGCUGUGGCAGAAAUCCUCUCCUCCGAGUCUGUUGUGUUGCCCUCCAUCCAGACCCUCCUCACUCGAUUGCCAGACCUGGAGAGAGGUCUCUGCAGCAUUUAUCAUAAGAAGUGUUCCACUCAGGAGUUUUACCUCAUCAGCAGCACCAUAUCCCGACUGAGUGCAGAACUCCAAGCCCUUGUACCCGCUAUCCAAUCACAGCUCAGCUCUGCUCUUUUAAAAAGCCUGCUUCUGGACACACCCCAGCUCCUGAGCUCUACCUACAAUUUAUUCACAGUGCUCAAUGAAAAGGCUGCCAAGACUGGAAAUAAAACUGAGCUUUUUGAGGACCUGACAGAUUUUCCUGUAAUUAAGGAAAGAAAAGAUGAAAUUCAGACUGUUCUUGCCGAAAUUAUGGAUCAUCGGCGAGAAUUACGCAUCGUCCUUCGAAACCCGUCACUGGAUUACGCCACCGUUUCUGGACAAGAGUUUCUCAUCGAGGUGAAAAACAGCAUGUCCUCUAUUGUCCCUUCAGACUGGGUUAAAAUUAGCAGCACCAAAGUGGUGGGUCGUUACCACUCUCCCUUUAUCGUGGAGAGACUACGGCAUCUGUUGCGGCUGCGCGAGCAGCUGGUUAUAGACUGCGGCAGAGAAUGGAUCAACUUCCUCCAGCUAUUUGGGGAACAUUACUACAUCCUGAAGAAAGCAGUGGGUUACCUAGCAACCGUCGACUGCCUCUUUUCAUUGGCCCAGGUUGCUAAAGACAACAAUUACUGCAGGCCAGAGAUUCUGGAGCAAGAGGGCCACAUAGUGAUCCGGGAAGGCAAACACCCAGUCAUUAACAUGCUGAUGGCAGAGCAGGAUCAGUUUGUGCCCAAUGAUACUGAUCUUCAGAGUGAGGGUAAGCAAACCAUGAUCAUCACUGGACCAAACAUGGGGGGAAAGAGCUCGUAUAUUCGCCAGGUGGCUCUUAUCACCAUAAUGGCCCAACUGGGAUCCUUUGUGCCAGCCAGGGAGGCAUCAUUUGGCAUUGUGGAUGGCAUUUAUACAAGGAUGGGAGCCUCAGACAACAUCUCAAGAGGUCGAAGCACCUUCAUGGAGGAGCUGGUGGAGGCCUCAGAGAUCCUGUCUCGUGCCACAGCUUGUUCUCUUGUGAUCCUGGAUGAGCUCGGCCGUGGAACAAGUACACAUGAUGGAAUCGCCAUCGCCUAUGCCACCCUGGAGUUCUUAAUCAGAGACGUGAGGUGUCUGACGCUGUUUGUAACCCACUACCCUCCACUGUGUGAGCUUGAGAAGCUCUACCCGUGUCACGUCGGAAACUACCACAUGGCAUUUUUGCUCAAUGAGCCAGAGACUGCAGCUAAAGAGGAGGAGGUGCAGCCAGAGUUCAUCACUUUCCUCUAUCAGCUGACGAAGGGAGCAGCAGCUCGGAGCUACGGACUAAACGUGGCGCGCCUGGCUGACAUACCCGAGAGCAUCCUCACUUCUGCUGCGCUCAAGUCCAAAGAGCUGGAGGCUGCCGUCAACAGCCGCAGGAAAACUGUGAAGCUGCUUUCUGAAGCCUGGAAAAUCACCAACAGGGAAUCAUUUCUCAAGUGGAAAAAAGUCGGACAUUAAUAACAAUUGUGUGUCUUGGGGGAUGCUCGAAGGAUGCCAAGAUAAUCCCCCCAUAAACACUUUUAUGCUAAUUGUUACACACAAUUUUUUUUCCCUACGUGCUUGCUUUUUCAUGUCAUCACUCCUGAAAGGUGAAACUCAAGCUGCUAUAUAAAGGUUCUGAGCAAAAUUUGAACAUUUGUACACAGAAUGAUUGAAAAGAUCUGCAUCUGUGUGCAUUGCUAUUAAAUCUUCUGCUUUGUACA